UACUGCAUUUUUUUGUUGAAUUCUCCAUUCAUUUCCUUGCAUCACCUCUGCUUGGAAGUUCUUUUUUUUUUUUGAAUUUCUGUUAAGGUAAAAUCACGGCUAGAGAUAUACAAAAGAAAUGCAGCAGCAGUCUUAUCUACAUACUCAAACGUAAUGAAGAAGAUUGAUGGGAACCGGGCCAAAGAGGCAGUUUUCAAAGAAAUAGAAUCUUUGCUCUUGCAGGUGCAGAAAAAUAAAAUAAAAAGGUCAUAUGAAGCAUCUUCCAGUCAUGUUGAGUGGAGAGGAAUUCCCACUAGAUUGAAUAAUAUUCCUCAUUCUCGAGAAAUUAGGAGCUAUUUCUAUGAUGAUGUGCUACAAGCUACUAAGAGAGCUGUAAAUGAUGGAAGAACUCGAUUGAAGGUUAGAUGUUACUAUUUUGUUUAUUAAAGUUGAAGAGAGGGUUAACUUGGCAUAGAAUCUGAAGGUAUUUUAUUGUUACCAAUUAAUCCUGUACAUGUACGCUGGUCCCUUGAUAUGCAUUCAUGUGAUUAUUCUAAUUUUUAACAAAAUGCAUAUUAUUCCCUUUACAUAUAAUGUGCGAAACAAUGAAACUCCAUAUACAUAUAUGAUGAAGACAUAAAACGACUAUUACCAAGGAAAAAGAAACUGGAAUUUUUCAUCCCAUGCGGAAAUGUAGAACAGACAAGUCUUGUUUGUUAGAGUAAGCUGAUUCUGUUAUUUGAUAAAACAAGGGACUUAAUAGCAUGGAUAAUUAAUGAAGGAGUUUUUCCUUUCUUGGCUGGGUUAUUAUACCAUGAGAAGUAGCUUUCUUCCAUUUGUUAGAUCCUUCUAUCCUGAGUGAAGGCAAAUGCAAUCCUUUGCACCAGCUAAGUUAGCUGGCAUUCAGUACGUUGUCCCAUUUUUUCUUCUUCCUUUCUGGCCGAUAUAUGGUGCAACUUAUGCCUGCAGGUGAACAGUCCUUAGGCACAUAUUAACUAAUUACUUGUCUACAGUGACUGACUGAAACAGAACUUAAUAGGUUAGUAUGCUUCCUGAAUGCUGUCAUUUUCUGGUAACAGAGGUAGCUAGAGGGAGGGAGUUUGGUAAAUGAUAAAACAAAAAGUUUGAUUACAAAACUGUUAAAAAAAAGAAAAUAGUAAAAGAAAAAGGAGGCAAUGAAUGUUAAUUAGAAAUCAGACAACCAAAUAAAAGUACUAAACUGAAAGAAACAUGAAAAAUGGGAAAGAGAAAGAGAACAGUCAAAAAAGUGAAAUGGAAAAUUUCGAAGAAAAUGAGAAAGAAGUGAACAAUUGGAAUGGCGUGUAUCUGUGAUGAUAUAAAAAAAAGUGAGCAAAUGAUAGAAAAAAACCAAUCAAUGGCAAUGUUACCGUUAGUGAAGCCCUGACUUUCUCUGAAAUAAAGGC